AUGGUGCGUAUACAUAGAAAAUCUUGCCGAUCAGCACUAACACCCGCAGUGGUCUACAACUUCACGGAGAUGGAGUCCAAGGUCCGUGAGGCCACGAACAACGAGCCAUGGGGUGCAAGCUCAUCGUUAAUGCAGCAGAUCGCCGCCGGAACGUACAACUUUCGCGAGAGAGAGGAGAUCAUCGGGAUGGUCUUCAGACGCUUCACCGAGAAGGCCGCCAACGAAUGGCGUCAGAUCUACAAGGCGUUACAGUUGUUGGAGUACUUGAUCAAAAACGGGUCUGAGAGACUCGUGGACGACGCCAGAGCCAACAUCAGCGUCAUCACAAUGUUACGCUCUUUCCACUACGUGGAUUCUAAGGGCCAGGACCAGGGCAUUAACGUGCGCAACCGUGCAAAGGUGUUGAUCAGCUUGUUGAACGAUGAGUCGCAGAUCAGAUCCGAGCGUAAAAAAGCCAGAGAGAACGCCAAGAAGUUUGGUGGUGUU